UGUGUGAUUAGGGCGAGUGCGCCGCGCCCCCUCGGCCCCGAUCAGGAAGCGGAGCGGAGAGAGAGAAAAGCGCUGGCUAGAAUGACACAGAAGCAGCUUUGAGCUGUAGGACAGACUGCGGCUAAACCAAGGACCAGCUCCAGCACGGCUUCACAGCGUCAUCUCACACAAACACACAGCAACGACGAAAAUGCUCAUAAAAGAAUUUCGAGUGAUCCUACCAAUUUCUGUGGAGGAGUACCAGGUAGGUCAGCUUUACUCAGUAGCUGAGGCAAGUAAGAAUGAGACAGGGGGAGGAGAGGGCGUGGAGGUCUUGAAGAAUGAACCAUAUGAGAAAGAUGGAGAAAAAGGCCAAUACACACACAAAAUCUACCACCUGCAGAGCAAAGUUCCCUCUUUUGUGAGAAUGCUAGCACCAGCAUCAGCUCUCAACAUUCAUGAGAAAGCCUGGAAUGCUUACCCAUACUGCCGCACAGUAAUCACGAACGAGUACAUGAAAGAAAAUUUCCUCAUCAAGAUAGAAACAUGGCAUAAACCUGACUUGGGUCAUCAGGAGAAUGUACACGGUUUGGACCCUGACACAUGGAAGAAGGUCGAUGUGGUGUAUAUUGACAUCGCUGACAGAAGUCAGGUGGAGCCAAAGGACUACAAGCCAGAUGAAGAUCCGUCCAAGUUUAAAUCUGCCAAGACUGGCCGAGGACCCUUGGGGCCUGACUGGAAGAAAGAACUGCCCAAAAAGACAGACUAUCCACACAUGUGUGCCUACAAACUGGUAACAGUGAAGUUCAAGUGGUGGGGACUGCAAAACAAAGUGGAGAGUUUCAUUCAGAAGCAAGAGAAACGCUUGUUCACUAAUUUUCACCGACAACUCUUCUGCUGGAUUGAUAACUGGAUUGAGCUAAACAUGGAUGAUAUUCGUAGAAUGGAAGAGGAGACCAGGAGGGAGCUGGAUGAGAUGAGAGUGAAGGACCCUGUAAAAGGGAUGGUGGCUCUUGAGGACUGAAUCUCCUGUGUAUAGCCAGAGUGUGCUGCUGUUUAUAUUGGUGUGUAACAGAGGUGCCGGUCGCAUUGCCGUAUUGUGAAAUUAUAGGCUUCCCCUGUCGUCAAUUGUUAGAAAAAUUUCCCUCAAAAUAUACAUUAUAAAUGACUUAAUUAAUGAUCUCAUGUUACUCAGGCGUGAGUUUUUAAAUUUCUCAUCUUUUUUCUUUCACCUCCUACUUCUCGAUAAGUAAAGUUACAUUGUCUCCCUCUAUCACUUACUUCUGUAAUCAGCUGCAUCAAUUUGUAAAGAAAUUGGAUGAUUUAUAAAUGUAAAUAAAUCUUGUGCUCCUCUAACCAGACUGAUAAUACAGUAUGAAAAAUAGACACACAAUAAAGAUAAAUAGGAUUCAUAAAGAGCAAAAAUAAUCAUUUUUCAUGCACCAUCAUGAAAACUGACACAGCUGACGCACCACAGAGACAAUUGUGCUAAAAUAAUUAGUAUGUCAAAAUCAAAUGGUGGUUCUGUAUAUAUUCCCUUCAUAUCGGGAGGUGAGUUAUUCUCAGAGCUGUAUAAAAAGUUUUUCAAAGUAAUUACUCUCAGUAACCAAUCUUAGAUGUGUUUUGCGGACCAAUCUGACUCUCCUCUGUGUUCUGUUUUGAACCUCUUGUGAUUGUUGAACAUUAUUCUUAUUUUAAAAUUUGAUUACAUUCAUCUCAUCAUCCUCCACUGAAACAGGAGCUCAUUUGUAAAUUGGGCCUCCGGAAUGACAGGUGCUCAUUUGUGUAUUAAGAGGUUGAGGCGGGGUGUCAGACUAAUAUAUUAUAUAUAUUAUUAUUCAUCAUAGGGCAAAGAAAGUCAUUAAAAUAAAAAGACUACACUAAUUGUUCUGUGCUUCUUGAACUUCAGAAGUUAUUUCAAGUUCACCAGCAUAUCCUUUGUCUUAUAGCAAUUGUUGAUCAGUACAAUGUGCUUCCCUGUGGAUCGUUUAGGAUGUUUAACAACUUUGCUUUGUCCUCUGUAUGCACAGUGUGUGCUUAGUCAUUCUGUGUGUGCUCAGAUUCUGUCGUCUUCCUCUCGUCAUUUAUGUCCUGUGUGUAUGUAAGAGAGGGCAGAAGAGGGUCACAGAAAUGAGUAAAGUCUGUGUGUGCAUGCAGGUUUCUGUUGGAACAUACAUAACUCAAGCAUGUAGUCUCCAGCCAUUUCUUGUUGAGACGACUUUACAGAUCAACAAAGCAUGAAAGAUUUGGUUUGUUGACAGCAAAGUUUUGUUGUCUGCUUUUAAUGGCACACAUUUUAGCACUUCUAACUGAUAAAAGGAAACUUUUAUCUGGGUUUUAGCAAUAAUGCUCACAUUUCCAUCUCAUCUCACACUUUAUUUUUCAAUACUAAAACUCAUCUAUGUCUUUUAGAUUAAUUCAUAUUGUCCCUAGAAAGUGUCAGCACUUGACUGACUUCAGGAAACGAGGAUAUAUAUAUAACUCAAUGUGUGUAUGUGUGUGUCUGAAGUUAUGUUAUGUGUUUGAGAGAUGUUUAAAAUAUGGAUGGACUGAUGGUUCGCACUUUUGUCCACGUAGCUGAGUUUCACGUUCAAUACUGUACAAUCCCAUUAGCAAUACUCCACCGCUGCAUCGGCCCUAGGAAACCUUUCAUGGAGCUGUUUGGAUGUAUGUAUUGAAUUGUACAUAGUAUAUAAAUAUAUGUAGAUGAAUACAUGCCUAUAUAUAGGUCAGACUGUCCUGCCAAUACAUCCACAUUCGUCUUACACAUACACCAUACUUUGCAGGAUGGUGUAUUUUUAGGAAAAUCCCUAAUGCUGCUGUAACACACUGAUUUGCUCUUUGCAUUAGUGCAGUUUGAUUCUGUUCUGUCAGGAUGAACAGCUGGAAAGGAAAUUGGUUCUGAACCAUUUCUGCUCUGAAAUCAUAGAAUAUAUUGUUAACAUUGUUAACAUAAAGGCAUCUCAGUGUCCUCAGACUCCACAUCUUUGGCAGGACAGUGUUGAUAAAUAUAUAUAAAAUAUAUUUUUUGUUCCCUAUUGUUGUCGUACCUGCAGUAUGUCAUCAAGUCUCCGAGCCCUGUUGCUGCCUCUUUUAACAGGUGUGAUCUUUCAGAGAUGUCACCUCCACUUUUUAAUGACCUCAGAGAAGUUGUCUAUAAUACUAAAAAAAAACAAAAAACAGAGUGAUUCAAAGCAGAGAAGCUGGUCUUUGACUAAUAAAUAUGCAGCUUCUAUCCAGAAUGUUUGUAAUAAAUAUGAGAGUCUUAAUAAGAGGUGACUAAGCAGAACAUCAAAUGACCUGAUUCCUUGCCCAUGCAGAAAGAAGAUCAUUAUGCACAGAGACUCUCUUAUAGCUAUGUUGUUAGUACAGUUCUCGUUUUGUCGCCAGGUUUACAAAUCUGCUAACUCAGAACAAGAAAUGUUUUAUUUUAAAAUAUAUUUGUUUAAUGUCACUCCCUUGCUUGUCAUCUGUUUUUAGUUUCUUUUACUGUGAAUUUGUGCCUUUUGUCAUUUUAUCCUCUUGACUACAUGGAGAUGUGAAUAAAAUAAAUAUG